AUGGAUUAUGAACCACUAAAGAAGGAGGGCACCAGAACCAUAAGAUUGCGCAAGGCACGAGGACCAUCGAAAGUGCCCCCACCCGAGGUAGCACAGCGGAAACCUCUUAAAUACUCUAGUUGGUUCUGCAUGCUGGACAUAACAUUGUCUUUGCCCGCCUACUCUUUGUGUAUCGGGAUGUGCCAAAUAAUGGUGACACGGUUCAUCACCUGGGCGAUAUUGGUGGCGUGUGCCGUCGCGAGACCGGAGCCACCGUCGUCUUAUGGGCCACCGGCGACUUCAUACGGAGUGCCUGCGCCGCAGUAUGGCCCUCCUCAGCAGCCCACCGUCCACAAGCAUGUCUAUGUACAUGUUCCACCGCCAGAUAACGAUUUACCUAAACCCCAGAAGCCUAUCUACGUUCCUCCUCCACAAAAGCACUACAAGAUAGUAUUCAUUAAGGCACCGACCCCGCCGACGCCCACCGCGCCAGUUAUCCCAUUACAGCCUCAGAAUGAAGAAAAGACACUUGUUUAUGUGUUAGUGAAGAAGCCUGAGGAUCAACCUGAUAUUGUGAUACCCACACCAGCCCCGACACAGCCCUCGAAACCAGAGGUCUACUUCAUCAGAUAUAAGACUCAGAAACAAGAUGGUUAUCCAGCCGCUGUACCACCAGCGCCCCAGUACGGUCCACCAGCUUCGCAACCAUCGUCAGAAUACGGUGCUCCAUAA